AAUGCAAAGAAAACAAAAAGAUAAACAGUAAUCGGGAUAAAUCUGAAAGCAGGAAUGGAGGAUUCCAUGAUGAGACUGUUACAACCAUUGUUACAACCACUGGAAUGUAGUGAUAGAAGCCUGCUCCAUAUGUGUGCAGCUGCCUUGGCCAAACAUCCACAACUGCUGAAACACGAAGAUACAUUUGAACUACCCAGCGAGGUUUUGCAAGUUGUGUGCCAGUAUCUAAGCACAGAGGACCUUUUGCAACUUGCACAAGUACUAACAGAUAAAGGUGUUGUCACUAGAAGUGUAUGGCUCCAGCACAUGCUUUCCAUCAACAUGUCUCUUCACUUCUUCCUGUUCAAAAUGACAUCAGGCAGUCAUGACUGUGCUUGUUUCCAUGGUAACCCAGUGCCGGCGACUGGGCAGUUGGUGCUGAAACAGAUCUGUACAAUGUUCCCCGUCGACAUGAAGACCUCAGGCAUUACUGAUUUUGAUCUUUUGAGUAGAACUGUCCUUUACUUUACACAUGUGUAUGAUAUUUCUUUACGCUGGGGAGAAUUGAAGACAUUUUCUAAAGACAGGCCUCUUUUCAAAAAAAUACCUUCUUUGCAAAAGAGUUUAGUUUCCAUGGAUAUAUUCGGUGCACCCCUUAAUGUUCCACAUGAAGAUGCUCACAACGUCAAGGAUUUUUUAGAAUCGUUGGUUUUGCACGGAAAGCUGGCGCAUCUCACAUUGCACGUGAAACAUGACGAUUUGGAUGAAGUGAGCGGUUUGUGUCUUUCAGACCUGCUAGUUCCAUUUAUGUCAACACUUACAGAAUCCUGUACAAACCUUGGACGCCACAGUGCUCAAUCCAGUUCUGUAGCUGGCGCGUUUGUAAAAGAACCCAUUGCUUCUUCAGGUGUAACAAAGGAAUGUCGUAAAGGAAUCCAUGCUAUUGACCUGAAGUUUCUUGGAGACUAUGACAUUAGUUGUUUUAAAUUCAUCUGGAACAUGCCGUAUUUGAUACAUUUAGAAAUUGAUAUCAGUGUCGGAAAUCACAGGAAAGUGUUUUUGGACAAUUUACCUAUGUUGUUGAAUUCACGGAACCUCCAGCACUUGAAGAUAUCAUGCAAUAACCCAUACAGAGGUGAAGUAGACUUCUUUUCACUUGUCCUGGUACCAAUAUAUUCCAUAUACAGCACUGAUCAAGAACGGCUUCCUUUCCAAUACCUUGGUUUAGAUGGGCCGCAAAAGAAAAUUCAGUGGUUAGACUCCCUGAAUGGAGGUCCAGUCAAUGCUGUUGAGUAUUUAGACUUGGUUGGUAUGGAUUUGACUCCCGACACGUGGCGUCCUAUAAAAGACUUCAUGAAGAUUAAUGCUUGUAUGACAGGAAUAACUUUUGUGGACAUGUCGGAAAAUUGCAAUGACGUUAGCUGCAUUUACGAGGAACUUCUGUCGGAUGUCAUUGGCAAAUGCAAUGGUCGUUUGAAGACCAUGCAGUUGGGCUGUUUGGGGGAAAGAUUUCAAAGCAGAGUGUUCUUAAAUAAUCUGACCACGUCUCUAAGAACUAAUCCAGCACUUGUGUGCCUUAGUCUGUGUGAUUUAUGCUCUAACGAUACGAUGGCUUUGGGAUUCGUUGAAGCUAUAGAAGAGCUGAACUGUUUGGAGUUUUUUAGGCUGCGGAAUGUUCAUCUAGGAUCUGCCAUUUACAAACUUUUAGAAGACGUAUUUGUCAUCGGAUGUAAAUUACGACCCGAACAUUUCAUAGUUGAAAAGUGCAAGCUAAGAGCAAAUGGGAUUGAAGAAUUCCUCAACAAAGUGGAACUAAAGGGCAUGAAGCAUAGGGCAGGGUAUGUGUACAUGGAUAUUGCUUCACCCCUGAAAGUAAGGGACGGGAUCAGAAAGCAACUGCAACGACUUGGUCUAACCGUAAGAUUGGCCUUUGAGCCAGAGCGGGCGAUGCUGGAAUAUGUUGCCCAAAUGUGAACCAUUUACCUGAAAGCAGCUGCAAAAACUUGAUCUAGCCGACAGCUUGGCUUUUGAGCCGAAACGGGCGAUGUUGGAACAUGUUGCCCAAAUGUAACGCAUUUACCAGAAAGCAACUGCAACGGCUUAGUCUAACCGUCAGAUUGGCGUUUGAUUUGGAGUGGGCGAUGUUUUGAAUUUGAUGCCCAAAUGUGAACCAUUUACCAGAAAGCAACUUCAAUGCCUUGAUAUAACCGUUAGAUUGGCUUUUAAAUCGAAACGGGCGAUGUUUGAACAUGUUGUCCAAAAGUUAAUCAUUUAACAGACACCAACUGCAACGAUUUGGUCUAACCGUCAGAUUUGCGUUUAUUUCGGAGCGAGCGAUGUUUGGAACAUGUUGCCCAUAUGUGGCUCAUUUGCCAAAAUUCAACUGCAACGUACGUCUUUGUAACCGUCAGAUUGGCGUAUGCGCCGGAGCGGGCGAUGUUGGAAUAUGUUGCCCAAAUGUGAACCGUUUACCAGAAACCAACUGCAUCGACUAGGUAUUAACGUCAGAUUAGCCUUUGAGUCGAAAGAAGCGAUGUUGGAACAUGUUGCCCAACUGGGACUCAUUUACCAGAAAACAACUUCAAUGGCUUAGUCUAACCGUCAGAUUGGCGUUUGAUUUGGCGAUGUGGGCGAUGAUUGAAUGUGUUUCCCGAAUGUAAAUCAUUUAACAGAAAUCAUCUGCAACGACUUGUUCUAAUCGUCAGAUUGGCUUUUAAGUCGGAGCGGAUGAUGUUUGAACGUGCUACCCAAAUAUGAGCCAUUUACCAGAAAGCAACUGCAACGACUUGGUGUACCCGUCAGAUUGGCUUUUGAGUCGGAGACGGCGAUGUUGGCACAUGUUGCCUGCAUGAAUUGUUUAGUUGAGUACCUAUUAGUUUGUAUUUUCUUUUAAUGUCAUUCUUUGUUAGUUUAUUCCUGAAAUGAUAUGUGUUUACUUAGUAGUUUUGCACUUGUAUGAAAUAUAUUGAUAUAAAUUUGAUUUGAUUGGAUUAUGUUAAUGGGUUUUAAGGCGAACACCCGGUCAAUAAACGAAAAUGA